AUUACCAAAUAGAACGUUGCUAUCUUGACCAGUGUGAUCAUCCAGCUCGGAAAAGAAGUAACAAAUUAAUUAGUCGCUCAAGUGGAUCAUAGCCAAGUCUAGAGACGCUAUUAGGAGGUUUGUUAUUGGCAGGAAGGGCGAGAAUGCCCAGGCCAAUCACGAGUCUUGUUUACAAACUUCACCUAUUUGGGCUCAGCCACUUCUGAUCAAAAUACUCUUAAUGGCACAGGAGCUUUAGAGUCUUUGAAGGACCUCUCGUCUCUGCAGCGAUGCUCACCCGACGCUCUCUGCUCAUCGUGCUGCUCAUCUGCGCUGCGUGCUGCUCUUCAGAAGCAACAUCUGCAGCGGAGCAUCGCAUGUCGCCCACAACGUCCUCGUCAUCCCAGCUCCAUGUCGCCGCCUCGCAAAGAUCGUCCCUCGAGCCUCCCGCGCUUUAUACAUCAAUGCCAAACUUUUCGCUUCAAUCAAAUGCAAGUGCAGCCCGCAGAGCCGGCACGUCUGGAAGGCCGUCCAGCUCUGGAAUUUUACCCAGGCCCUCAGAUGAGACCUCGGCUUCGGUCAAUCUCUUGCCAAGUCGACCGUCGCAGGGAAGGCCUUGGGUGUCGUGGCAGGACUCCCCUAACGUAACGGUGCAUCUGGGACAGGCCGCGGCGCUACGUUGUCGCCUCCACGACCGCGCCAACUACACCGUGUCGUGGAUCAGGCACAAGGACCUGCACCUUCUGACGGUCGACAGCUACACGUACACCAGCGACCAGCGCUUCAGCAUGGCGAAACAAUUCUCGGGAUCUUGCAAAGCACGCAGGCUGCGCCGGAUUCGCGGCGACGGCGACAAAUGGACACCUGAUGAAGGCCGUCCGAGCGCUCAUCUCUCACGUCCACCGCAUCCUGCAGCCUUCGAGUGCCUGCACGCAAUGCCUUAG